AUGGGUAGAAAGUCUAAAGAAAAUUUCAUUUUUCUUAACUUGCCAUCCUUCACAGCUCUCGUAAUAGAUCAACUAGCCAAGAACCUCAAGCGCAUCCAAGGCAUGGGUGUCAGAAAGGUGGUGGUGACGGCUCUUCAGCCCCUCGGAUGCCUCCCGCAAAGCACGGUUUUUAACUCUUUCCAACAAUGCAAUGAAACUGAGAACACGGCAGUGAACUUGCACAACCUCUUACUUCGGCAAGCAGUGGCAAAGCUGAACAAUGAGACUAAAGACUCGGCAUUCGUCAUCCUUGACCUCUAUGAUUCCUUCACUUCUGUGCUCAAGAACAAAGGUGAUCAGCUUGGAAGCCAGAAGUUUGAGAAUCCAUUGAAGCCCUGUUGUAUGGGUGCAAGCAGUGACUACUACUGCGGUAGCAUGGAUGACAAGGGGGAGAAGAUGUACAGUGUGUGUGACAACCCAGAUGGGGCUUUCUUCUGGGACAUGGUGCAUCCAACACAGGCAGGAUGGCGGGCCGUGUAUUUUGCUCUCAAAUCCACUCUGCAACAAAUGUACAACUAA